CAAAACAAAUUUAUACAAAAACAUGCUAGUGGCUGUUUUCGUGCAUGUCGCCGGUUAAUCAACAUUUAUAUUGCAGUUAAAUUUGAAAAUUUAUCAGCAAAAAGCUCCAAAUGGCUACCGAGGACGAACAAAGUUCGUUGCGACCGAUGUAUUGCGAAUUGAACGUCCUAACAAGAUCGGAUGGAUCUGCACUGUUAACACAAGGGGAAACAGCCAUCAUUGCCAGUGUGCACGGUCCGAUAGAAGUGAAGUUACAACACAUGAACGUGGAAAAGGCCCACGUGGACAUUCAUUUCCGGACCCGAUCUGGCUUGGGCAGCGUCAACGAUCGGCUGUUGGAAAAUCUUAUUCGGAAUACAUAUGAAACCACCAUUCUGACGGCGCUUCACCCGCGAACGGCAAUCUCCGUACAGAUUCAGGAAAUGCAGGAUCUUGGCGGACUGGUGGCCUGUGCCAUCAAUGCCGUCUGUUUGGCUCUGGUGAACAGUGGACUCGAGAUGAAAUAUCUGGUGGCGGCCGUUCACAGUGUGCUCGGGGAGAACGACAAAAUCACAUUGGAUCCGGAUGAACUGCAGUCGAAAGAUGCCCGGGCCAAAUUUACGUUCGUGUUCGAGAGUGUUGGCCGAAAAACGGUGUCGAUUUACACCCACGGGAAGUUUACGUCGGACCAGUACCACCGGGCGUUGCGGAUGAGUACGGCUGCGGUGGGGAAGAUAUUUGACUUUUACCAGGAAAUUGUGGCCAAACAAAGUAAGGUACUGUAGAAUAAAUUCGCCCGGUG